AUGAAGAUUGAUUUUAAGUUUGUGUUUUUGAUCCUGGCUGUAUUGUGCCAGCUCUACUAUGUUGACGGUUGGUGGGGAGGAAGCUCACGUUCCAGUCGUGAUUCUGGAAGUCGCCGCAGAAGUAUAAGCGUGAGAACACCUUCGACAAGGUAUUCAUUGUAAUUACUGUAACACAGUUUUAAUUUUUAAAGGCUGAUCACAUGCAUUAUUAUAUGUUGUAUCGUAGAAUGGUCAUUUUCAGUUUUCAUUUGCUCAUGAUGUUUUUAACCUUUCCAAUGCUCUCUAACCUUAAAAUUAACGAGAACACCGCCUCACACAUUUUAAAACCGAUGUUAAUUCUUAAUAAUUUUCCACCUAAAUUCUUCCUCUUUUAAGUUGGAUCCAUACGUUAGAUUUUGACGGCUAAGACGGAAUACGAAUAUAAUUAUAACUAUCGAGUUUAUAUAGCUGACAGUUUACUUAAAUUUGUCUUCAUUAAUCUUUAAUGUUUAGUCGACGUGGUGGAUGGUUGUCACGUAGUCGAAGGCCGAGCUAUCGAAGGCCGAGCUAUCGAAGGCCGAGCUAUCGAAGACCCAGCUAUCGAACGCCCAGCUAUCGAAGACCCAGCUAUCGAACGCCCAGCUAUCGAACGCCCAGCUAUCGAAGACCCAGCUAUCGAAGACCCAGCUAUCGAAGACCCAGCUAUCGAACGCCCAGCUAUCGAAGGCCCAGCUAUCGAAGGCCCAGCUAUCGAAGGCCCAGCUAUCGAAGGCCCAGCUAUCGAAGACCCAGCUAUCGAAGGCCCAGCUAUCGAAGACCCAGCUAUCGAACGCCCAGCUAUCGACGGCCCAGCUAUCGAAGGCCCAGUUAUCGAAGGCCCAGCUAUCGAAGGCCUAGCUAUCGAAGGCCUAGCUAUCGAAGGCCUAGCUAUCGAAGGCCGAGCUAUCGAAGGCCCAGCUAUCGAAGGCCCAGCUAUCCAACGCGCAGCUAUCCAACGCGCAGCUAUUCAACGCGCAGCUAUCCAACGCGCAGCUAUCCAACGCGCAGCUAUCCAACGCGCAGCUAUCCAACGCGCAGCUAUCCAACGCGCAGCUAUCCAACGCGCAGCUAUCGAACACCCAGCUAUCCAACACCCAGCUAUCGAAGGCGCAGCUAUCCAACGCGCAGCUAUCCAACGCGCAGCUAUCCAACGCGCAGCUAUCCAACGCGCAGCUAUCCAACGCGCAGCUAUCCAACGCGCAGCUAUUCAACGCCCAGGUAUCCAACGCGCAGCUAUCCAACGCGCAGCUAUCCAACGCGCAGCUAUCCAACGCGCAGCUAUCGAACACCCAGCUAUCCAACACCCAGCUAUCGAAGGCGCAGCUAUCCAACGCGCAGCUAUCCAACGCGCAGCUAUCCAACGCGCAGCUAUCCAACGCGCAGCUAUCCAACGCGCAGCUAUCCAACGCGCAGCUAUCCAACGCGCAGCUAUCCAACGCGCAGCUAUUCAACGCCCAGAUAUCCAACGCGCAGGUAUCCAACGCGCAGCUAUCCAACGCGCAGCUAUCCAACGCGCAGCUAUCGAACACCCAGCUAUCCAACACCCAGCUAUCCAACACCCAGCUAUCGAAGGCGCAGCUAUCCAACGCGCAGCUAUCCAACGCGCAGCUAUCCAACGCGCAGCUAUCCAACGCGCAGCUAUCCAACGCGCAGCUAUCCAACGCGCAGCUAUUCAACGCCCAGAUAUCCAACGCGCAGCUAUCCAACACCCAGCUAUCGAAGGCCAAGUGAAAGACCUAUAGCUCCAACGACCCCAAUUACAACCCUAUGUCCUUCUGUCGCUAUAGGUUCUCUCCAAGUAAACCGUGGCCAGGUUACAUUUGAUUGCGAAGGCAACGACACGCCAAGAAGUAUUUAUUUCAGUCGUAAGCCUCACGUACCAAGCUCAGCUUCUGGUAUUACUAUUGGCAGGGGUUAUAAUCUCAAAGAAAGAAAACAAUCUAGAGUGUACAGGGAGUUAUUGCGCGUUAGAAUACCUGCAAACAUUGCGCAAAAAUUCUCGAGAGGAGUUGGUUUGAAAGGACGGACAGCAAAAAAUUACUUAAAGGUGAAAUUUUCAGUUUCUAUCACGAAAUAUAGUAACGAGUGAUUAAAUUAACUUCUUAGUGUCACCUGCUGAGCGAUGUGAUUUUAUGUCGUAGCAACAAUGAUAACGGUAACGAUGUUAAAAUCGCUCACACAAGCAAUUUCUAUACAGCCAAUUCAGAAGAAGUUGUCCUUUGCAAACGUUUAAUUCUAAACCUUAAACUCUAAGCGCGCAAAGUUUAAUGGGAGCAAAGGUUCAAGCUUAGUAGUUGAAUAUUGUAGCUAGUGAAUGAAUUGUUGUCGUAAGGAAAUGGGCCCCAUAUAUGAUUUAUAAACUGAUUAAAUAAUGCUCCCAUUAUGCUUUGCACGCUUACAGUUUAAGGUUUAAGGUCUAGAGUGCAAGGUUCAUGGUCUGUGGUUAUAAAGUACGCCUGUUUUCGGCAUACCUUUUAGCCAUGGUUUGUGGUUAUAAAAUACGCCUGUUUUCGGCAUACCUUUUAGCCAUGGUUUGUGGUUAUAAAGUACGCUUGUUUUCAGCAUACCGCCUGUUUUCAGCAUACCUUUUAGCCAUGGUCUGUGGUUAUAAAAUACGCCUGUUUUCAGCAUACCUUUUAGCCAUGGUCUGUGGUUAUAAAAUACGCCUGUUUUCAGCAUACCUUUUAGCCAUGGUUUGUGGUUAUAAAUACGCUUGUUUUCAGCAUACCGCCUGUUUUCAGCAUACCUUUUAGCCAUGGUCUGUGGUUAUAAAAUACGCCUGUUUUCAGCAUACCUUUUAGCCAUGGUCUGUGGUUAUAAAAUACGCCUGUUUUCAGCAUACCUUUUAGCCAUGGUCUGUGGUUAUAAAAUACGCCUGUUUUCAGCAUACCUUUUAGCCACGGUCUGUGGUUAUAAAAUACGCCUGUUUUCAGCAUACCUUUUAGCCAUGGUCUGUGAUUAUAAAAUACGCCUGUUUUCAGCAUACCUUUUAGCCAUGGUCUGUGGUUAUAACGUACGCAUGUUUUCGGCAUACCUUUUAGCCACGGCAUAUCUUGUAGCCACCCGUUUUCGGCUACAUAAAAAUGCAGUAUGCUGUAGUUUUACGGACGCGGGCGCGCUCAGUUGUGUCCAAAGGUAUGAACUAUAGCGUUCUAUAGCAAACACCCUGUUCUAUGCCGUAUAGUGUUCGAUUACUUAUGAACUACAGCGAACUAUAGGGUAUAGUUUCAUUUUUUAUCCCAAUUACAAUGUCUCGUCCUCAUGGCCACCUCGGCUACUUUCAUUUUUUUAGAACAAUAAUCUUCAAACCUACACCAUAACGCACGAUCAACAAAAGAAACUAUUUUACAUCGCUUACGAUGCGAUAGCUGCAGACGCGAAACGCCUAGCAACCAAACCUGACGUGCAGAGAAAGUACGGGAAAACAGACUGGGCCCGACUGAACAGCGCAAUAAAAGAUGUGGUCGUCGAUUUACGGUAUCGAGGCGAUUACACGUCCACAACCAAACAAAAAAUCCAACGUGCGAUAGCUGCAAAUGAUUUGAAAUCGUUCACACAACUCAUGAGUGAUGAAAAGUUCUGGUUGAAGCAGAUUAAAGUCCCUAGAGAUCGAUUCUUACGCAGGAAGAAUGCUCUGGUCAAAGCAGGAUAAAGACCACAUGAAUUAUUGUAGUGAAAGUGACUCAUUUUAUUGCUUUUUUAAUUAAAAUGUAGACUGUUUCAUAUCUGAAGCAAGUUCAAGCAACGUUUAAUGCCUUAGAGAUAAAUUUAAUAAUGUGCAUGAUUUUUUAAGAAUAACUUGUUUCGUGG